AUGGGUAAGGUAAGUAGGUCGGUGAGGAAGAGUCAAUCUUGCGAUAAGGAGGCAUCGACAAGUUUGCAAUGCGUGGCGAGCAAAAGGAGUAUUUCGAUUAAGAACAGUAAUGCUAAAGAAGAGUGCGUUAUAUGGGUUGUCAAUGUAGAAUCGCUAAGCAAUGCUGAUGAUGCAUCUCCUGAAGAUAAAUCUGUCCAAGCUGCCGUUUUCAGAAAAUUAGAAUCCAGUUGCCUUGCACCGCGCUGGAUUGAUGAAGAAGACUGUUUGAAAAUUUUGCGAAAAGGGAAUGAAAUAUUUGUUUUACCAACUUUCUGUGGACGGCUUUUUGACCAUCUCUCCGCUGUUGGUUGCAGAACAUACGGCUCACUUGCUGUUUUGUCUUGUUUAAAUGCAGGAGAACGGCUUCCUAAAUGGACUCAUCCAAUUCAAUCGGUGACUCUUAAAGACGCCGUAAUUUGUUUCACUGGUGUUGACCAUGCAGUGAGGGAAGUACAAACUGCUUUGAUACUACGAAUGGGUGGUGUCGUCUCUAGAGAUUUUAAUACCGCAGUAACUCAUCUGGUUGCUUUGGAACAUAAUACCAGUUUGAAAAAAUACGGUCAAUUUCUAAGCUACUUCCGGCUUUUCAAGGCAGCUGUUGAACGUUCUAUACCGAUUAUGUCGCUUGAGUGGUUGAAAAAAGCAUGGGAAGCAGCUAAAAAAUUUAACGAAAUUCGGUUUACAGAUAAAGAUAUUGUGGAGUUGUAUCGUCUGAAGCUGUUCACUGGCUGUGUAAGUUUUUAUUCUUAUCAUUUAGUUACCGAGUUGAUGACAUGUUCCGGCGUAUCUUUACAAGAGCGACUUUUGCUUGGACAGCUAAUAGAAGAGAACGGAGGACGAUUCAAGGGGGAUAUGGAACGUUAUAAGUGCACUCACUUGUUGACGAAUUUAAAUACUGGCGAGAAGUAUCGUAAUGCCAGAGAAUGGGGUUGGAAAACAAUUAAGAUUGUUCGUGUUGGUUGGCUUGCAAAAUGUAUUGAAAAGGGUUACCGCAUUCCAGAACAUCUUUAUGAACCGAAACUGCCCAUUAAAUGUAGUACUCCUAAAAACUCGCAGCCCAUGCAUUCUGCAGGUUUAGAAGUCAGCGCCAUUCCAGGGCCGAAAGCUCGCCUUUGUGAUAUUAUGGGACAGAAUACGAGCACUCUUCAUUCAACUCGAAGUGACAUACACGAGGAGAAUCAGAUUUCUAAUAUCGCAAUGGUUAUAGAUCAAAGCAGUGUUGAGGAAGUGUUGAAAAAAAAUGUUUCAUCUCGCGUUGUUGAAGAUGCGUAUGAUGAUGACCCUAUCGAUUGUGUCAACUUUUCUCAUUUAGAUACUGAUGAUUUCCUUGAGGGUUGUCGAAUUUUUUUUGUCGGUUUUGAAAAGAUUCGUUUAGCAAAGUGGAAGCGUCUGGCAAAUGCACUGGGCGCUAGUGUUUCUAGUGUUUAUAACGACACUGUGACGCAUGUAGUCGUAUUUAACUCAAAGCCUGAUUUGAAAACAGUUUCCGAGCCUGAUAUAGUGUCUUCAUCGUGCACCGUUGUCAGAUGUGAAUGGCUUGUUGAAUGUGCAAAGGCUCAUCGUCUUGUUUCAACUUCUAACUUUAUAAAGGAUCUUUCUGACAGUCAAAAUAUUAACCAGUCUGAGAAUAAGGCUUCAAAGAACCUACCAAUUGUGUUCCACGGAUCACAGAAUCCUGGAAUUGAUGCUGCUUUGAGACCGUCUCUUGGUGAUCACCAAAUUAAUAUUACACCUUCCACAUCAAAUAUUCCGACUGCAGAAUCUGUACCCACUAUUCUGUCUAAGGAUUUAACCGAGGUUGAUUCUUUAAUGAAUAAUUGCAUUGAGCUUUUGCGUAGCGAUAAUUGCGAAGCUUCAUCUGGUUCUGGUAAUAAUAGCCCUUUGGUUGACAGUCCUAGUGCAUUUUUGAAUCCAAAAAAAAAUUUUAUUCCUCAUUUUGAUUUGAGGCAGGCAUACGAAUUUGUUGACGGCUUGCAGUCUUUUGAACAGCCAUCCAAUUCACCUGAAACUUUCAGCUGGUCUGAAUCUGCAGUUGGUAAAGUUUUGGGUGAAGCUAUUGAAAAAACCUCCAGGAAAGACGGUAAGAAUGGCGAAAGGCGGGAUGAUGUGCUGCUAAGUGGUGACUGGAGGAGAACGGAGUGUGGAAAUGAGAAAUCGUUUUUGGAAACACCAGUUACUACAGGUUUUAACGAAAAAAAGCUCAAUACAGACAGAAGUCGGGAAGUGACUGAAAAUGAAAUUGCUGUUUUAAACGAAGAGAAAACGCGACUGAUUGAAAGGUGUCUAGCAAAUUUAGCUAACUGUGAAGACGGGAGACCAUCAAGCUCUUUCUUAGCAAAAAGUCGAAAAAGACCCGUUUGUCAAGAGGCGAAUGAACCAGUUAGCAAAAGUGAAGCAGAAAAAAUAGGGCCUUCGUCACUGCUGUGCGAUUUUCAUGACUCAGCUGUUGGCGGUGGAAUUAUUGGCUGGGAGGAGGCUCAGCCAAGUGUGAAGCAAGUCAGAUAUGGACCGACGAACUUUGGCGAGUCAUCGGAUAGAAAUCCUUCAACGGGACGAGAAGACGUUGUGACCAGGAGGAAGAAAGGUUCGUUUAAAUUUGGUAGAGGCGACGAUAUACUUUUUAUUGAGAGGCAGGCAGAUUCACAGAAAAUAUCGGUCGCUGUUUUGAAGGAACUUAGUGGGGGAUGCGCUGAUGAUUUUGGCAGGUGUAAUGAUCUUGGUUACAGUUCUGUCCCAACAAACUGUGUAACAAAGGAAGUAGGCGAUUUGGAAGAAACUGCACAGCAAUCUUCAGUAUUGGCAGGGAGGUUUGUAACGUUCUUUUUAUGAGG